AUGUGCAUCGGUAUGAACACUAUCUCAAGGCCGAGCGGCGCCGUGUAUGCACGCUGGUCUCUGGCGAGCUGGAUCACGGGCUUGACGCAAGAGGAGCGUGACCAAUUGUUCUUCAUGCCCAUGAUCGGACACAUCAAUGCCACAGACCAUCCAAUUUAUACGGAGCCGUGGCUGGAGAAGCUGGCAGACCGCGUGCUCACGUAUCAGGAGAGCAAGCUUAUGACGCCGGAGCACCUCAAGCAUAUCGAAGAAUUAGAGCUAGAAAGACAGAGGACUGGAGUACCAGACCGUGAGAAGCAUCUGGGCGACUAUACACACCUGCUUCGAGAGUGUGCUGCCACUAACGCUCCAUAUGUUCUCAUGCUUGAGGAUGACGUGCUAGCUCUGGACGGCUGGUUUCACAGGGUGCGAGCCGCUAUAAACGAGAUCGAGAGGAGGACCAAGGAGGAUGAGAAUGGGUGGUUCUAUCUUCGUCUUUUCUACACAGAACACAGUCAGGGUUGGCGGGACGAAGAGAUACCAAAGUACAUCGCAUAUGCAACGUCAGUCGGGCUUUGCAUCCUCUUUGCGUAUAUACUCGGCUUCGUCUACCUCAGGAGUACCGUCUGGGGCAAGCCGUUGAUUGCAAAGUACGCCAAGACAACCUUCUUUGUUCUUGCAAUGUCCUUCGGGCUUUUUACCUACCUGUUCUUCUCGGUCGGCAAGGAGUCUAUCUGGCCUCCGAGAGCUGGUGUUCGCGAGAUGCCCCGCGGCGGAUGCUGUGCUCAGGGCAUUGUGUACCCGUCAUCCAAGAUCGAGAAAUUGACCGCAUGGUACGAAGAGAGCCGGAUCGGAUUCGUCGACACGUUGGCAGAGCGACUAGCCAACGAGAAGCCCCACGGCAUCGAGAUCGGCAGCCGGUGGGCCCUUCGCCCUGUCUUACUACAGCACAUCGGAGGUCAGAGCUCAAAGGGUGACAACUGGGGGACGGACAAGCCUGGGCAGAUGAGCGAGGCUCAGAGACUGUGGAAUUUCCAGUACGAGACGAACGACCCCAAACAACUAGCCCGGGAGCACAAGUCAGCUGCAGAGAGAUUCAAGCUGCUACUUCAACUGCAGCAAGACGAUUGA